AUGGUGUCCAAAGGAGAGAGCCUCCUGGAGGAUCAGAAGCGCAACGACAACGUCAACGACUUGCCGAUGUAUACACGUGCCGUAGUAGCUGUUACGAGUGUUCUUCCGAGCAUCCGGGAGGGAGUCCUUUCCGGCAAUCUUACAACUCAUCUGAUGGAGAAAGUCGCCAAAGCAAGUAAUCUGGCUUCCCAAGCGCUGUCGGAGUUGAAGAAGGGUGCAAUGUUUUAUAAACAGGUGAGAUGGGGUAGUCAAGAGGGGAUGCUCGUGGGAUUCAUCACUGCCCUGUUGCUUCUUGUACUUGUACUCAACCCAGAGAUCAGAGUGGGUAAAGCCACCAUGGAGAUUGUGCUGAGCAUGGUGGUGCAAACCAUCAUCGGUGUUGCGUCGCCAUUCGUGGAUUCAUGGGCGAAAGAAAGAAUCAAACACCGGGAAAACAGCGGAAAUACAUGUGAGUUGAUGGUCAAAAUAGUGUCUUACAUUGAGCAUGUUCUGAAGAUGCACUGGAACGACCAUGAUGGCCUGGGAUGAUGGAGAAGGAUUAACGAAAAUAUAUUGUGGACAGUGGUGUAUCCAUCUUAGAACAAGGGGUACAAAUGUACCCCAAAUUAGAAUACUAAUACCUUGUACUGAUGUACUUUUAUUAAAAGGCUUCUUUGGUCAA